GCUUACUGGGAGCCGCGACCAACGGCCUCCGAGGAGCGCGCCGUCCGCGCCCGGGCUGGCCUGUCCGGAGGGAGGAGCAGACGGAUGGCCCCAGGUGUGGACGCAGACAGCAGGCGAGCCCACAGCGUAGUAACGGCCGUGCAAUGCCAGCAAGAGGACUGCGCACGUAUUCUUUUAGACCAUGGUGCUGAUCCCAAUGUGAGUGACAUCUAUGGCAACACUGCUUUACACUAUGCAGCUUGUGGUGAGUGUGUAACAACAGUGGCACAGCUCCUUUCGCACAACGCAGACAUCGAGGCGAACAACGAGGAAGGCUUCACACCACUUUUGCUUGCUAUAAGGCAAGGAAACUAUGAAAUGACAAAGUAUUUGUUAACUAAAGGAGCAAAUGUACAUGCUGUUGAUAAGAAUAAAAGAACAACACUCAUGCUUGCUAUUGAUAAUGAAUCAACAGUUAUAGCCAGGCUGCUUCUUCAGCAAAAUAUUGAUGUCCUUUCAGAAGAUACCUUUGGAUGGACUGCAGAAAAUUAUGCUCGUAAAAGAGGUUUUAAUAUCAUUUGCCAACUAAUUGAGAUGUACAAAGUGGACAAAGAAAUUAAAAAUUCUUCUCAAAAUAAUUGAAACUUUUAUCCAGGUAAGAGUUGAGAUAGUGAGUUGCUCUUGGUGGUCUACCGUAGAUAAAGUAAGAAUAAGGGAGUUUUGAUAAUGAAAGACCAAUGAAGAAAAACAGUGUAUAAGUUAUGUGUAUAUUUUUUCUUUCUUAAUUUCUUUCUUAAUAGUCCAAUAUUCAGAAUUAUUUUUAAAGCUAAUGUAGGUAAUUUAAAAUCUGAGAUGGUGCUUAUUUCAAUUGUCUGAAAAGGAAUU